CAUCAGUGGGUGAGGCGGACGGCACCCCGUCCUCCACGUCCUCCACUCCUCCCAAAGCCAAGCAUCGACUGUUGCAGAAUUGUGCCGAAGCCCUUCCUCGCCGUGUUUCUGUUUAUUACCUCCGCACACACCCGACACUCACACGCGACGACCAGCCCCUGGAGCUCUCGACGCAGCAGCAGUAGCAGCAGCAGCAGUAGCCACCAACAAACGACGGGAACUCUGCGGGCCACUCACUGCUCGUCUUCGAACGAAAGAAACGACCAUGCCGGACCUUAACUCGGUGCCUGCUUCGCCGCACGCCUUGGCUGCGCCUCGACGACAGUCUUCGCACCAGAUGCCUCCGCCGGCCACGUCCCAGUCGCCCUCCCUCAAUAUUCUACCCUCCAACCAGGAUGUCGUCAGCCACGGGCAGAGCAGCAGCCAUGGCCACACGCACAGUCGACACCACAGCCUGAGCCAUGCCGCCUCGUCUGUGCCGUCACCACAACUUGCGGCGUCCCAGCCUCUGCAGCCGCAAGUGGGAUCGUCAAUAGAACCCGGCGUGGGACCUGGGCCUGGGCCUCUGCGACACCCGCGGCCGCUGACAGCAGCGGAAUUGCACUCGCAGCUGGAAAAGGAACAAGAGGCGGUGGUAAACCGAUUGACGCGAGAACUGUCUCUUCUACGCGCUGCCCAGAACGCUUCCGUCGUCUCCAACGCUUCGUCUACGUCGGCCCCGACGUCGACGCACGACCCAAUCGCCGACACAUCGCUGCUUUCCGGCUCGGGGUUCAGCAUUCCCACGACGCGUCGACACCACCGCAAUUCUUCUUCGGCUUCACAAAAUUUUGCUACGAGCCAGCUCGCUUCCUCGUACGAAGCCCGACACCAUAUCCCUUCUCGUCCCUCGCAGCCAGUACCGCUCUCGCGACAAGACAGCGCUGCCUCGAGACGCAGCCAGACAAACUCCCCUGGACCGCAGGUCUCGUCGCUAGAUCCCUCAAGCUACUUCCACCAGCAAAGAAUCCCCCCGGCAGCAUCUGCGCCAAUGAGCUCUGUCGCCGCCACGCCUGGAAGCGGAAGCAUGGCCGACCAAAUGAGCCCCGCUCUGAUGGCAGCAACAUCCCGAUACGAAGAGACUGCCUUCUACCGCAGCGAACUUGAGACUGCGAAGAAGGAAAAUGAGGCAUUAAAGCGGCGCAUCAGGGACCUUGAGAGGAUGGUACAAAACAGGCGAGCGAGCGAAACUAGCCGCACCAGGAGCGAAAGUGUUAGCACCACGGCGAGUGCCAGCGUUGCGACCGCAGGCGGAGCCGGUAUUGCGGGACCACGCGAUGUAGCGGCUUCCAGGCCGGAGAGAGGGCGAGGUAUGACGAGCCAGAGCGUUGCUAGUGCCAGUAGUGUCGCUGUCGGGGUUCCAGAGGAUGAGGUAAAGGUGGGAGAAAGCGCUGCGAGCUCCGGUGUGGGAAACAAUCAGCCUUGAUUCAUUAUGGAAGCAAAGACUACCAGUGCAGCAAAGAUAGAGAGAUUACUGGAUAUGGCGUGUAAUGGUCAAGGGAGCCUGGCACAGAUAUAGUAUGGCCAACACGAGGCGUUAUGGGGAGCGAGUCAACGAAACUGCAGAGCAAGCACUUUUUUUCUCCUUCUGAUCUGUCCUUGGUCUGAACUAAACAUUCAUUGUCGUAUAAGUUUCAACCGGCCA